GCAGGGCGGGGCCCUGUGGGAUGUGAAGGUGCUGGGCUCGCCGUCCCCCGUGGAGGAGGCGAGGCGGGAGCGGUCAUGAAGGCGGGAGCCACAUCCAUGUGGGCUUCCUGCUGUGGGUUGCUGAAUGAAGUCAUGGGUACCGGAGCUGUCCGUGGCCAACAGCCAGGAUUUGGGGGAGGUACUGGCCCAUUCAGAUUUGCACCAAAUACAGACUUCUCAGCAUAUCCAUCUUCAGGAGCCAAUAUAGUCUGCAAAGCCUGUGGGCUUUCAUUUUCAGUUUUUAGGAAAAAGCAUGUGUGUUGUGACUGCAAGAAGGAUUUUUGCUCAGUUUGUUCAGUCUUACAAGAAAAUCUCAGAAGAUGUUCUACUUGUCACUUGUUACAAGAGACCGCAUUUCAGCGGCCUCAGUUAAUGCGAUUGAAAGUCAAGGAUCUGCGUCAGUAUCUGAUUCUUAGAAACAUACCAACAGAUACUUGUCGAGAAAAAGAAGACUUGGUGGAUCUUGUACUCUGCCAUCAUGGAUUAGGUUCUGAGGAUACAGACACUAGUAGCUUGCAUUCUUCAAGGUCACAGACUUCUAGUUUUUUUACACAUCCAUUUUCUCUGUCUGUAUCAGUGUCGUCCUCUCAAGAACUUACAAAUAGAAGAGGAAGCACAGAAAAUGGAACACCUGUACAGGGACAAAGUGGAAUGCCUUCUUCAAAUAAUGAAGAAGAAGAAGAAGAAGAAAACGCAGAAGAGCAGACCCCUAGCAUGUCCAGAAAGCGAGCAAGAGCAUCAUUGUCUGAUAUUUCAAAUCUGGAAGAUAUUGAAGGGUUGAGUGUUCGACAGCUGAAGGAAAUACUUGCUCGAAAUUUUGUCAACUAUUCAGGAUGUUGCGAAAAAUGGGAACUUGUGGAGAAAGUGAGCAGGCUGUACAGAGAGUGUGAGGAAAAUCACAAGACACAGGGAGAGAAGAUGCAACUGACUGAGAACGAUGAUAAUCUGUGUAGGAUCUGCAUGGAUGCAGUAAUUGACUGUGUUCUUCUGGAAUGUGGUCACAUGGUCACUUGCACAAAGUGCGGCAAAAGAAUGAGUGAGUGUCCCAUCUGUAGACAGUAUGUUGUACGAGCAGUGCAUGUAUUUAAAUCUUAAGACCAAAAAUAUGUUUUAUAUCCACCCCAAGUUCCUGUAUUUCUGGGGGCAGGACUGAUGAAGCUUAUGACAAACAUUAGUUUCAAUAUGAAUCAAACAUUUUGAACAGCAGGCUACAGCAGCAUUUGAAACACUUUCCUCUGACGUAAUUAAAAUUGCAGUUUGGCAACAUGAUGUGUACUGCAGGAGCUGCCUGAGUUACCUUAUAAAGCCACGAACUGUUUAAGUCCAACUGUUUACAGCAGAUCUAGCAUCACUUAUUGCUCUCUUCUGAACACCACCACCUUAAUCAUAAAUUUGCUGAAGGGUCCAGUAUAGUCAACGGAAAACUGCUUUACCAUGACCACCUUAUUGGAUGAUUAUAAUCUGGUUCAUUAGGAGCAAUGCAUAAGCACCAAUCAAACUUUAAUAUAUUAAACAUUACUCUUAAUAGAAUGUAACUGUUCUGACAAUAUUGCUACAAGAUUGUUAAAACAGUCAAUAAAACAAGAUUGUAGAAAGCACUGCCAUUACACAAGUGUUUCUGUGCAGGUACAGCUAAUCUAUUUUCAUGCUUAUUGCUUCAUUCAGAAUGUCUGUCUCAUUACAUAUAUAUUGUAUACUGUCCUUUCACAUUCUUUAUCAAAGUGAAUUGCAUAUUCCUACAUAGCUCUGUUUAAUGGCAGCCAAAUGCUAAUUACUCAAUGUUGAGUUUAAAAAUAAAAUGUAGUUAGAGGGAACAGGUGUUAACUUCAGUGGUCCCAAAUUCAUUCAAACCUAUAAUCUAUAUUUUGCAAAGACUGUAUUCCACAUACUAGGAACUUAAUGUGAAUACAGAUAAAUUAUAGUGAAACUAGUACAUGCUAACUUUUGGGGGUUACAGUAUUACAAACCUUAACCCAUUAGCUUUUCUGGGGUGGGUAUGGGUUGAGUGUAAGGAAGGAAAAACCGGAUUAAGAAGAAUUGUAGUAUAGUGUU